AUGCGACUCAGGCGCCGCCCGUUUCAAAUUCGAGAUCCUCUGCGUAGUAUGUCGACAACUCUCGACGCGGAGCUUUUCGCCAUCGACAACAUUUUAAAUCAGGAUGAUUAUCAAGCGGCAAUCACGCAUACUGGCUCCAACGGACUGCAAAUUGGGAUGAUACUUCGCAUAGAACCCCUUUCCUUUGAAGAACCGAGCUAA